AUGAAAGAUUCACAAAUCGAAGGACUAGAUGAUCUAGAAUCACUCUUCACCAAUGAAGAGCUGCAGAUCGAAUCCAGAAGAAAGCGAGCCUACGAAGCCGUAAGAGAAAACGACAUAUCUUCUUUUCCCUCCGACAUGUCUAUCAUCACAGCGUUCGAUGAAGUUCUCGCCUGUUUUGGCCUCGGUGGCCAGGUGAGGAACUACUACCGGUAUGGCACAUACAAUCUCUGCGAAGAUGCGCGAAAAAAGUUGUGGUUUGCGGUCAAAAACGGCUCGAUGUCUGAGAAGAGAAUGGAUGCCGAGAAGAUGGCCAAAGAUUCCAAGGAAAUGGAAAGAAGAGCCAAGGUUCAGCAAUACUACAAGGACAAGCUAAUGAGAGACAAGUUAGCGGGAAGCUCGGAGGACGUAUGGGAGGAGCGCAAGUCGCUAUUGACCCGUCCUUUCCGGGAAUAG